UAGCAAUUCGCCGGAGAACUGGCGCAAACAUUUGCGCUGGGGAUUGUUUAACAGUCUCCGCAACACACGAAAACGAUGCAAACCAAUCCAGUCUUUGCUGCCUUCGAAGUUCGACGGGCAUCGAGAAAUCCCACGUGUCACACAUCGCAAAUAUACUCUAGAAAAUGAUCAAGUCGAUUGUUACUCUCCUCCUAUUCUGUCAAUUGCUCAAGAUCGGAAAAUGUCUGCAGGUGAACGGCACUCACAAUGAAAAUUCAGAGACGGCGCAGCGAUUCAGGUUGCGAAGGAGCCUUACGUUUCUCAAUUCGUCUCAGCUUUUGCUGAUCUUGGGUUUAGGCACACCGUUGCAGCUGGAUCGCGAGAGCGUAAUCGUGGGUGUAUUUACGAAAAUGAUAUACGACAUGCCGGCUGAUGCUACGGAUUUCACGGAACCAGGAGUGUUUUAUGCAAGAACCAGUAGAAGUAGGUGGAGCUUCUACAAAUUGUUUGAAAAAAUGGCAGCCAUGUACGGCUUUGGCGGCAAAGAGUGUUUACUCAAGGCCAUUUGCGAAGCCGCUUUCGUCCCAUUUGACGUCCAUCACGGUUUACUGGGACAAUUGGUACAGACUUUCCUUAGGUGACAUCGUCGCAAUAAACCUCGAAACUUUCUUUACGUUAACUUCUCUCGGUUG